GGGGAGGAUUCAACAUGGCCGGUGCCCGCCUCGCCUUGGACCGCACCCCAGUGGGCAAAUUACUCAACUAAAGUUGCGCGAGCGAGUAAGCUGCAAGUGGAAGAGGGAGGGCAGAAGGAAGAGGCGUUUGAAGAAAGAAAGAAAAAAAGAUUGUAAAAAGCAGAGGAAGAGGGAGGAAAGGACCGCUCGUAGUGUAGCUUCAACCCCCGGCGAAGCUGCAGCAGUCGACUGGAUAAAAGAAAGUUUGAAUCUCGUCGACGCCGACUGAGCUACCAUUACGAAGGCGUCCCGCACCUUUUAAACAGCUACCAUGGCAGACCCGAGCAUGUACCUGUACGCCGACCGGAAUCUGAUCAACAACCCGCUGGCGCAGGCCGACUGGGCCUCCAAGAAGCUCGUAUGGGUUCCCUCGAAGGACCUGGGCUUCGAGGUGGGCUCCCUGAAGGAGGAGCGAGGCGAAGAGUGCGUGAUAGAGCUGGCCGACUCCGGGAAGAAGGUCCGGGUGAACAAGGAUGACAUCCAGAAGAUGAACCCGCCCAAGUUUAGCAAGGUGGAAGACAUGGCCGAGCUCACCUGCCUGAACGAGGCCUCCGUGCUGCACAACCUGAAGGAGAGAUACUAUUCGGGACUCAUAUACACCUACUCUGGGCUCUUCUGUGUCGUCAUUAAUCCCUACAAAAACCUUCCCAUCUACUCCGAGGAGAUCGUCGAUAUGUACAAGGGAAAGAAGAAACAUGAAAUGCCCCCCCAUAUCUAUGCCAUUACUGACAUAUCUUACAGAAGCAUGAUGCAGGAUCGUGAAGACCAGUCCAUUCUCUGCACAGGAGAGUCUGGUGCCGGUAAGACUGAGAACACCAAGAAGGUCAUCCAGUAUCUGGCUCAUGUGGCCUCCUCUCACAAGACCAAGAAAGAUCAGAGCAGCUCGAGCCUGUCACAUGGCGAGCUGGAGAAGCAGCUUCUGCAGGCAAACCCUAUCCUGGAGGCAUUUGGAAAUGCCAAGACUGUAAAAAAUGACAACUCCUCCAGAUUUGGGAAAUUCAUCAGGAUCAACUUUGAUGUCAACGGCUACAUUGUUGGUGCAAAUAUUGAAACGUAUUUGCUGGAGAAGUCGCGCGCCAUCCGUCAGGCCAAGGAUGAGCGAACAUUCCACAUCUUUUACUACAUGCUCACUGGAGCUGGAGACAAAUUACGUGGUGAGCUCCUACUUGAAAAUUACAACAACUACCGUUUCCUUUCCAACGGCAAUGUGACCAUUCCGGGACAACAGGACAAAGACCUUUUUGCAGAGACCAUGGAUGCUAUGAGGAUUAUGAGUAUUCCGGAGGAGGAGCAGAUCGGUAUGCUGAAGGUCGUGGCUUCUGUGCUGCAGUUGGGAAACAUGACUUUCAAGAAGGAGCGGCACACUGACCAGGCGUCCAUGCCUGACAAUACAGCCGCUCAGAAGGUCUGCCACCUCAUGGGGAUGAAUGUCAUGGACUUCACCAGGGCCAUCUUAUCACCAAGGAUCAAAGUGGGUCGCGACUAUGUCCAAAAGGCCCAGACUCAGGAGCAAGCGGAAUUUGCGGUGGAGGCCUUGGCUAAAGCCACCUACGAGAGGAUGUUCCGCUGGUUGGUUAUGAGGAUCAACAAAGCCCUGGACAAAACCAAGAGACAAGGAGCCUCCUUUAUUGGCAUCUUGGACAUUGCUGGCUUUGAGAUCUUUGAGCUGAACUCAUUCGAGCAAUUGUGUAUCAACUACACCAACGAGAAGCUGCAGCAGCUCUUCAACCACACCAUGUUCAUCCUGGAGCAGGAAGAGUACCAGAGGGAGGGCAUCGAGUGGAGCUUCAUCGACUUUGGCCUCGACUUGCAGCCUUGCAUCGAACUCAUUGAGAAACCUGCCAGCCCUCCUGGUAUUCUCGCUCUGCUGGACGAGGAGUGCUGGUUUCCCAAAGCUACAGACAAGAGCUUUGUUGAGAAGGUGCUUCAGGAGCAGGGCACCCACCCCAAGUUCUUUAAGCCAAAGAAACUGAAGGAUGAAGCCGAUUUCUGCAUUAUCCAUUACGCUGGCAAGGUUGACUAUAAAGCGGAUGAGUGGCUGAUGAAGAACAUGGACCCUUUGAAUGACAAUGUUGCCACACUGCUCAACCAGUCAACUGACAAAUUUGUCUCUGAACUCUGGAAGGACGUGGACCGCAUAGUCGGACUAGAUAAGGUCUCCGGUAUGUCAGAGAUGCCCGGAGCUUUCAAGACGCGGAAGGGCAUGUUCCGCACCGUGGGUCAGCUCUACAAAGAGCAACUGUCCAAACUCAUGGCCACUCUGAGGAACACAAAUCCAAACUUUGUCCGCUGCAUCAUCCCGAACCACGAGAAAAAGGCAGGAAAACUGGAUCCUCAACUGGUUCUUGACCAGCUCAGAUGUAAUGGUGUUCUGGAGGGGAUCCGUAUCUGCAGACAAGGCUUCCCCAACCGAAUUGUCUUCCAGGAGUUCAGACAGAGGUAUGAAAUCCUCACUCCAAAUGCCAUUCCCAAAGGCUUCAUGGAUGGAAAGCAGGCCUGUGUGCUUAUGAUCAAAAGUUUGGAGCUCGAUCCGAAUCUUUACCGUAUUGGCCAAAGUAAAGUUUUCUUCAGAGCUGGAGUUCUUGCUCACCUGGAGGAGGAGAGGGACAUGAAAAUCACAGACAUUAUUAUUACUUUCCAGGCGUGGUGCAGAGGCGUUUUGGCCCGCAGAGCUUUUGCAAGGCGGCAACAGCAGCUGACUGCAAUGAAGGUGAUCCAGAGAAAUUGUGCUGCUUAUCUCAAACUCAGAAACUGGCAGUGGUGGAGGCUUUUCACCAAGGUGAAGCCCUUGCUUCAAGUAAGCAGACAGGAAGAGGAGAUGCAGGCAAAGGAUGACGAACUGACCAAAGUGAGGGAGAAACAAAUCUAUACGCAACAACAGCUCCAGGAUUUGGAGGACCAACAUCAGCAGCUGAGUGCUGAGAAGAUGGCCCUGCAGGAACAGCUUCAAGCCGAAACGGAACUCUGUGCUGAGGCCGAAGAGAUGAGAGCUCGCCUGGCAGCCAGGAAGCAGGAACUGGAGGAGAUCCUCCAUGACCUGGAAGCCCGUGUGGAGGAGGAGGAAGAGCGUGCUUCUCACCUGAUGUCGGAAAAAAAGAAGAUGCAGCAAAAUAUUUCGGACUUGGAGCAACAGCUGGAUGAAGAAGAGGCAGCCAGACAGAAGCUGCAACUGGAGAAGGUCACCAUGGAGGCCAAAAUGAAGAAGUUUGAAGAGGAUGUCAUGGUCCUAGAUGAUCAGAAUGCCAAACUUAACAAGGAGAAGAAAAUGAUGGAGGACAGAAUCUCUGAGUUCACUACCAACCUUGCAGAAGAGGAGGAGAAGUCAAAGAGCCUCCAAAAACUGAAGACUAAACACGAGGCUAUGAUCACAGACCUCGAGGAUCGACUGCGCAGGGAGGAGAAGCAGCGGCAGGAGCUGGAAAAGAACCGACGCAAGCUCGAGGGCGACUUCACUGAUGUACACGACCAAAUUUCCGAGCUGCAGGCCCAGAUUGCUGAGCUUCGUGCCCAGUUAGCCAAAAAGGAGGAAGAGCUCCAGGCCGCACUAGCCAGGAUUGAGGAGGAAGCGGCGCAGAAGAAUAUGGCUCAGAAGAAGAUCCGAGAGAUGGAUGCUCAGAUAUCGGAGCUCCAGGAUGAUUUAGAGAUGGAGCGCCAGAUGCGGGCCAAAGCUGAGAAACACCGUCGGGACAUUGGCGAAGAACUCGAGGCUCUCAAGACUGAGCUGGAGGACACGCUGGACUCGACCGCUGCGCAGCAAGAACUCAGGACCAAGCGUGAGACGGAAGUGGCACAGCUGAAAAGGGCUCUGGAAGAUGAGGCCAGAGUCCACGAGCAGCAGAUGGUUGACAUGAGACAGAAGCACAGUCAAGCCUUUGAUGAAUUAAAUGAGCAGCUGGAGCAGGCAAAGCGGAACAAAGUGUCGGUGGAGAAGACCAAGCAGGCUCUGGAAUCGGAGAGGAACGAGCUGACCAUCGAGCUGCAGAGCUUGCUGCAGGGUAAAGGAGAUUCCGAGCAUCGCAGGAAGAAGGCCGAAGCGCAAGUUCAAGAGUUGCAGCUCAAAUUUUCCGAGAGUGAGCGUCAAAGGUUGGAGCUCACCGAGAAAUCCGCAAAAAUGCAGGCAGAACUGGAAAAUGUCAAUGCUCUGCUGAGUGACGUGGAAUCAAAGUCUAUUAAGGCAACCAAAGACCACUCUACACUUGAGUCUCAGUUCCAGGAUGUCCAGGAAGUGCUCCAGGAGGAGACACGGCAAAAACUCUCAAUGGGCACGCGCCUGCGUCAGCUGGAGGAUGAGCAGAAUAGCUUGAGAGAGCAGCUGGAGGAGGAGGAAGAAGCCAAAAGAAAUGUGGAAAAGCAGCUUCAAAUGGCCCAAGCUCAGCUUUCAGAAUUCAAGAAGAAGCUUGAGCAGGAUUCCACUUGUUUGGAGAGUGCUGAGGAAGGAAAGAAGAGGCUGCAACGAGACCUCGAAGCAACGUGCCAGCGCCUGGAGGAGAAAUGCUCGGCCUACGACAAAAUGGACAAAACCAAGACGCGCCUCCAGCAGGAGUUGGACGACUUGCUGGUCGAUCAGGACCACCUCCGACAAAUUGUCUCCAACUUGGAGAAAAAGCAAAAGAAGUUUGACCAGAUGCUGGCAGAAGAAAAGAACAUAUCUGCCCGCUACGCAGAGGAGCGAGAUCGUGCCGAAGCGGAGGCCCGCGAGAAAGAGACUCGUGCCUUGUCUUUGACCCGUGAGCUGGAAGCCCUGCUCGAUCUGAAGGACGAUCUGGACCGCAACAACAAACUCCUGCGGGCCGAAAUGGAGGAUCUGGUGUCAUCGAAGGAUGAUGUUGGAAAGAACGUUCACGAGCUGGAGAAAUCCAAACGAGCAAUGGACCAGCAGCUGGAGGAGAUGAAGACGCAGCUGGAGGAGCUGGAGGACGAGCUGCAGGCCACCGAGGACGCCAAGCUGCGUCUGGAGGUCAACAUGCAGGCCAUGAAGGCUCAGUUUGAGCGAGACCUGGCGGGACGCGACGAGAUGGGUGAAGAAAAGAAGAGGUCUCUGGUCAAGCAGGUCCGCGAGAUGGAAAUGGAGCUCGAGGAUGAGCGGAAGCAGCGUUCGGCCGCCGUGGCUUCACGCAAGAAACUGGAGCUGGACCUGAAGGAGCUGGAGGCCGGCAUUGACAUGGCCAACAAGAACCGGGAGGAAGCGCUCAAACAGCUGAAGAAACUCCAAGCCCAAAUGAAAGAACUCAUCAGGGAACUGGAUGACACCCGUUUGUCCAGAGAGGAUAUCCUCGCCCAGAGUAAGGAGACCGAGAAGAAGUUAAAGAGCAUGGAAGCCGAGAUGCUCCAGAUGCAGGAGGAGGUGGCCGCCGCGGAGCGUGCCAAGAGACAGGCUCAGCUAGAGAGAGACGAGCUGCAGGAUGAGAUAAAUAACCAGGCCGCCAAGAAUGUUCAAGUCGCGGAAGAGCGCAGACGUCUGGAGGCUCGCAUCGCUCAGCUGGAGGAGGAGGUGGAGGAGGAGCAGUGCAACACUGAGCUGAUGAAUGACAGGAUGAAGAAAGCAAUGCUUCAGACGGAGCAGAUGACUGUCGAGCUGGCUGCGGAGCGCAGUGCCUCACAGCGCGUCGAAGGGGCCCGUUCCCAGAUGGAGCGUCAGAACAAGGAGCUGAAGCUCAAACUGCAGGAGCUGGAGGGAACCGUCAAGUCCAAAUACAAGGCCAAUAUGACCGCCUUGGAGGCCAAGAUCGCUCAGCUGGAAGAGCAGCUGGACAUUGAGACCAGGGAGCGGCAAAGUGCCUCCAAGCUUGUGAGACGCACGGAGAAGAAACUGAAAGAGGUUGUUCUGCAGGUGGAGGAUGAGAGACGCAACACGGAGCAGUACAAAGACCAGUCGGACAAAUUGAACUCUCGCAUGAAGCAGCUGAAACGUCAGCUGGAGGAGGCCGAAGAAGAGGCUCAGAGGGCCAACGCAAACCGAAGGAAACUGCAGAGGGAGUUGGAGGACGCCACUGAAUCGGCGGAGUCGAUGAACCGGGAAGUGUCCAGCCUCAAGAGCAAGUUGAGACGUGGCGACCUCCCUUUCACCAUGCGUCGAAUUGUGACCCGCACUGGCGUGGAAAGUGAUGAUGAUGCUGAGCCCAAAAGCGAGACCCCCGAGCCCAAACCCGAAUAAAACCGCCGCUUGAUUAGACGACCCCCAAAUGCACACGAGGCAUACUGUUAGCGUACUGAUCGGCGAUCAAUUUAACCGUGAACAUCUUUGCAUUACAGAUGCAUACAGUUAAAAGUAAACUCGGAGAAUCACCAUGCAAACCCAUUUUGGGCCAUUUUUUUUUUCUCCUUUUGACUAAUGGUUCUUUUUCUGGGAAAAGUGAAUAAAGAACAUAUUUUUAUAAGGAAACAUUCAAACUAAUAAAAGCCCUGAUGUAGGAUCUAUUUUUCUAAUUGAAAAAUGAGUAAAUGGAAAGAAGGAAACUUAAAUGAAGACUGAUUACUGGAAGGGGACCAAAGUAAUAUCUCAAUCUAUAGAUUUGUAUUUUAUGUUCAAGUUUUUUUUUUCUUCUAUGACUAAGAAUGGAAGUGCUACACGUUUAUGGCUCUUGCUUGCGCUUUUGCCUUACGAUGAAGAUUUCUAUGCUCGAAUCUAUUGCACCAAUGUAACUGUCGACAUGUGACUCUGCUUUUGAGUUUAAUCAUUUGAUAUACUGUAUAUAUACCCACAUUUCAUGGAAGAUGAGACAAUUGGAAACUUAUUGACCCGGUGAAAUGUAGUGAAGGCAUUUGAUUGUGGCUGUGCUAAAAUUCGGUAAUUUUUGCACUGAUAUGAUGAGACACGUGGCCUAUCCAUUCGCAACCACUUUUUAAAAAAAUAACAAAAUCCAAGAUGUCUUAAACGUUGACGACAACCUGCGCAUCUUUGAAUAGUACAUGCAAAGAACUUCAAAACACUGAGAGCGUAAAUGCAGCUGAACUGCUUUACCCAAAGCCCCAUGAUGUUUAUUAAUCUUAUGUGUUGUUGCUGUUGUCUUCGUUCUUGUUCAGGGUAAAGUUCAAAUUGAGUCGUUUAUUUCUAAGGGCACACACUGUAUUCUCAGGACACAGCUUUUUGAGGGAGGAGUGGGUUGGCAAAGUCACAAGGGUUGAACAAGUCAUCCUACUGGGAUCUAAGGACAUAUUUGAUCAUUGUAGCCUGUGUACACUUUACUCAAAAUGGCAGAAAAGAUUCAGCAUAGACGGCAUCUUUUUGCAGACCUAAAGCCCUCACACGCUCUGCUCAAGGGUGGCUUUGGCUUGCUCACACUGCUGGGAAGUGAGAAGAAUAUUUUAUACUCAAAUCACCGCUCAGAUGAAUUACUUGUAUGCACUUAAAAACAAAUUAAAUCCAAACUGAAGUGUAACAAAAACCGCAUCUCAUUUUUGUCAUGUUUAUCCGCACCUCAAGAAUUGAAACAAUGUUGUGACUAUCUUGGUAUUUGGUAUUACAAAUAAAGAGGCUUUAAAAAUGGGAA